AUGGCCUCUCCUCCUCGCUCCCCUGGCCAAUCGAGCGGACCGUGCAGUGAGGAGGACGCCAUCCCCGUCGUCGACUUGGCCGUCCUCGUCAACGGCGACGCUGGGGAACGGUCGCAGGCGGUCCGGCACCUCGGCCGGGCGUGCCAAGACUGGGGCUUCUUCAUGGUGACCAACCAUGGGGUGCCCGAGGCUCUCCAGAGCGCGCUAAUGGAUGCGUGCAGUGAGCUGUUCAGCCUACCGCCAGAGCAGAAGCAGGAGCACACGGACGCCGGCCCCAUGGACCCCGUGCGCGUCGGCACGGGCUUCAACUCCGCCGUCGACGGCGCCAGGUACUGGCGGGACUACGUGAAGAUGUUCGCGCACCCUGAGCUCCACUGCCCCGCCAAGCCCGACAGCCUGCGGGGCGUGGCCGCGGAGUACGCGGCGCGCACGAGGGGCCUGCUGCUGGAGCUCACGGCGGCCAUCUCCGAGAGCCUGGGGCUCCACGUCGGCCGCAUCGCUGAGCGCCUCGACCUGGGUCCUGCUUCCAGAUCCUCGUCGGCAACCACUACCCGCCGUGCGCUGCUGACUCGGACGACGACGACGGGGCGAUCGGGCUGCCGGCUCACUCCGACCACGGCCUCCUCACCCUGCUCUUCCAGAACGGCGUCGAUGGCCUCCAGGUCAAGCACGACGGCCGGUGGCUCCUCGCCAAGCCCAUCCCCGGCUCAUUCUUCGUCAUCGCCGGCGAUCAGCUGGAGAUUGUGA